AUGUUGACAACAGCUGUUGUAACAUCAUCCGCUAACUACCUGAUGUCAUUGUAUCGCGGCAACCUCAACCCUCAAACAUUCACAGCGUGUUGCUCUCUCUCUCUCUCUCUCUCUCUCUCUCUCUCUCUCAUCUCUCUCAUCUCUCAUAAAUUUCAAGCAUCGCCGUCAUCGUCGUCGUCGUCGUGUAUUCACUGUUCUCUCAGCUCAGCCAGAACCAGCGCCAUGACCAGUUUGGAAGCUUUCAAGAACAAAAGCCUGCAUGACCCGGGUACCCUGCUACCUUCGCCCUCCAAGGCUUCUGUCGAAGAUACCCCCGUCUCUUUACGCAUCUUUGCAGGUGAUGCCAUGGUCUCGCCAGGAUCCACCUACAAGGCCAUUUUGGCCACCCCCUCCACGUCAACCACCGAGGUUAUUCGCCGCGCGCUCGAGCGCUAUGAGUGCAGUGAGGAUCCGGCACUCUUUGAGCUGCAUUUUGUGCGCUUUGAUGAGAGGACCGGCAAGAUUGCUAAACAGGGAUCCUUAACUAAGCUCCUACUUGGCCCCACUUCGGAUACUCAAACCUGCAUCGUGCUUGAGGAUGACGUCAAGCCCGUUCUCGUUGCCGAAUGGUACUCAUCAGAGACCCGCCGAUUUGAGCUGGCGCGCAAGCCAGCCUCCAGCGCGCCAACGCCUGAACGGGGCAUGCGUCGCAAGACAUCAAUGCUUUCCUUCCGCCGCAAACGCCCGCCGUCCCGUCCCAACGCCUUUAUGGCCGUGGCCGAGGCUGGGGUUGACAACACACGCCGUCAUUCCCAGGAAAUGUCUACCACGCCAUCGGCCUCACGACCGAGUCCCGGUGCCAUGCUGGCCGCGCCAGCCACCCCACAGAGCUUAACAAAGCGCCCCUCGGCGCGGUUUGAGACGGAUCUGUAAUUCUGCAACGACCUCGCCCCCUCUUUCCGAACUGUCUUGGUUUCGUGGGGCUCCAUCUUUUUGAUGAUUGUGUCCUUUGAUUUUGCCUCCUCCUCCCGAACUUUUGACCUUACCUUGUGCUGUCGCUCGUCGAAUGUGUGAUGUGAUACCUUUCUCCACCUUGCUGGCUCGCACUCUUUUGAGUCCGAAGGGGGCACCCAUGUGGGCUUCUGUUUUCAUCGUCUGUAUGUCCAUCGCCCAUCCUUCUGCCCAUGUAUCCAAGGUUAUCCAACCUGGGCUUUGCCCCACCCGAUGCAGCGCUUAUGCGCAUGGUACAUACAUACUAGGCUUUUUGAUCCCAAAAAUUGAUCCUGUGUAUCCCG